CGGUCUCGCGGCAGCUCUCGCGGUGCCUCAGCCCCCCCGCCCGCGUCCCCCACUCGCCGGCCGCUCGCGCAGCGCUCGACUCGCGCUAUAUAAAGGGGCGAGGCGGCAGCGCGGCGGCUGCAGCCCCGGGGCCGCGAGCGAGCCCGGCACAGGCCGCGGGGCCGCCCGUGAGCCGGGGCGGAACGCGCGGGUGCUGGGGGGACGCAGCCGGGCAGGUUUAUUGUUUUAGGGGCGACUCCCCCCCCGCGGUUGGGGGCGUCCCGGGGGGCUCGGGACAUGGCGAGCUCGACUAACACAAACCCCGUGCCUAAGUUGUACAGGUCUGUAAUUGAAGAUGUCAUUAAUGAUGUCAGAGAAGUUUUUCUGGAUGAAGGAGUGGACGAACAAGUUCUCAUGGAACUCAAAACACUGUGGGAGAACAAGCUGAUGCAGUCUAAGGCUGUAGAUGGCUUCCAUUCAGAAGAGCAGCAGCUUUUAUUGCAGGUGCAACAACAGCAACAGCAGCAGCAGCAACAGCAGCAUCAUCACCACCACCAUCACACACCUCAGCCGCAGCAGACUGUGCAGCAGCAGUCUCAGCCACAACAGGUCCUUAUUCCAGCAUCUCAGCAAGCACCUCAGCAGCAGGUUAUUGUGCCAGAUUCCAAGCUGAUACCACAUAUGAAUGCAUCAGGCAUGAGUGCUGCAGCCACUGCAGCUACAUUGGCUCUCCCCGCUGGUGUUACUCCAGUUCAGCAGAUACUUACAAAUUCAGGCCAGAUCCUCCAAGUAGUUAGAACUGCAAAUGGAGCUCAAUAUAUUAUUCAGCCACAGCAGCCAGUGGUUCUACAGCAGCAAGUUAUACCCCAAAUGCAGCCUGGUGGAGUACAAGCACCUGUUAUUCAGCAGGUUUUGGCUCCUCUCCCUGGAGGGCUUUCCCAGCAGACAGGAGUGAUUAUUCAGCCUCAGCAGAUCCUGUUUACAGGAAAUAAAACUCAAGUUAUACCUACAACAGUGGCUGCCCCUACACCAGCUCAAGCACAGAUUCCUGCAGCUGGUCAGCAGCAGCCACAGCAACAACAGGCACAACCACAAGCACCACUUGUUCUCCAAGUUGAUGGAACAGGGGACACAUCAUCUGAAGAAGAAGAUGAUGAGGAAGAAGAGUAUGAUGAUGAUGAAGAGGAAGAGAAAGAAAAAGAUGGGGGUGAAGAUGGCCAAGUAGAAGAGGAGCCUCUGAACAGUGAAGAUGAUGUGAGUGAUGAGGAAGGACAAGAACUGUUUGAUACAGAAAAUGUUGUUGUGUGCCAGUAUGAUAAGAUUCACAGAAGUAAAAACAAAUGGAAAUUUCAUCUCAAAGAUGGCAUCAUGAAUCUUAAUGGAAGAGAUUAUGUAUUUUCCAAAGCCAUUGGGGACGCAGAAUGGUGAAGUUUUAAAAGACAAAACAAAAGAACUCCCUGUAAAAGGAAAAAAAACAAAAGCAGGAAAGGUUGAGACUUGGAUGUAUACUCCAAUCAAAAUGUGUAACUGCACAUCAGAAAUAAACAAAAGUUUUGGAACAAAGGUAAAAUGUGGCAACAAAGACACUACUUCAGAUGAGCAAGCCAUGGACUGUAGCAGCUAUAGCAUUGUCUGGGAGCUGGUUUUGUGUGUUAGGAAUACCUUAAUUAUAAAUUCUACAUACAGGUACCUACAGCUGGUAUUUAGCAUGUAAGGCUUUGUCCCCCCUGCCCUUGAUUUAAGGUUUUGAAAUACUUCUUCCACUGAUUGAAGGAACUAUUCCCUUUGAUAGAUUAUUAAUCUGAAAAUGCUUAUUGUGUGUACAAAUCUUUGCUUUGGACACUUCCUUUUGGUAGUGAGGAUGGUCAGAAUCUUACUUAAACUGCGUGCAAGCUUUGUACAGAAGGGUAAGAAUUAAGGUAUUAAAUUUUAAAUAACUUGUAUAAGGAAAAUAUUUUUAAUUCUGAUAUGCUCAUUAAUUAUUAUAUCUAUUUGUUGUUUUCAAUGCAGUUCCCCAACAGGUUGUUGUUCCUAGCAGUUACACAAUGGUAAAAUUAUGAUUUAUAUUUCAAAAUUAUUUUAAUUUCAUGUGAUAGGUUUUAUCUAGGGCUGCAUUUUUCAAAUUUGAAGCACCUCAUCCCCCCAUUAAAGUCACAUUGCUUAACUUGUUAAUUAUAUUGCUGUUUUGUGGUGCUUCGCCAUCACUGAAUUGAAACAAGUAAGUUUCCCUUGAUUUAGGUUUUUUUUUUUUUUUUAACAUUUUUUGAAAGUGUUUGGAGAUCCUUUGAAUCCAAUACCUAGGUAAUGCCAUAGUAGAUGCAUUCCUUUACCUGCUUACUGUGUAUGUAGUCAGACACCCACAAGUAAUUCAACAGACCACAGGAAUAACUAAAUUUUUAAUACAGAAAAUCACAUAAAAAUUCUAACAUCCUGGCUGCAACUCUUAAUCAAAGAUCUGCUUUACUAAAAAGUAUAGCCAGAAGUUACCUGCAGCAGUUAAUCUCUCUAAAGUUUCCAGAUGGCAUGUAAUUUCAUGAAGAGAGCUGCACAGCUUCUGAGAACACAGAUUUUCGUAGAGUAUCUUUAGACUGUCUUGGUAACAGCAAAUCAAGCAGUCAGAUGCACUAAACCUUGUGUAGUCACUUUUUCACUUGCCUUUUUUAUUGUUUGUUUGUUUGGGGUUUUUUUUGUGUUCAAUUUGUGAAAAGCAACAAAGUUAUUCCCCCCUCCUUCCCUUUCUCACCUCAGAAGUUGAAGAACUUUUCUUCCUGCACAGGGUCAUUGUUGCAAACCCUGCUUUUGGAAACGCAGUUACUUUUGAAUGAGGAGAGGGAAUGGGCAUUAUACUUAAGAAACUGUUGAGGAAAGAAUGUUCAUGUGGCUCACCAUUUCAAAAAAAAUUUUGCAUUUUUUUGGGUGCUUGAAAAGAUGAUGGAAAAAGGAUACAACAAAGAUAAUUUUUACUAACUUGGAUAAGACCAUGAGAAGCAGGCAUGAUUUCUUACUGUAUUUUUUGCUUGAGAAUGAGACAUCUUAAACAUUAUUUUUUUAAAAAGUCACAAGUGUAUUUUAGCAGUAUGUAACAACUACUUUAAUUUUCAUUCUCUGAUUCAUUUGCCUCCAAGUGCAUUUGUAGUCUCAGUAGUAUGUAGAAAGAUCACAACAAAUUGUAAAAGUUUUAUUGCUGUGAUUUUGUACACCUGCGCUCUCAUUGAUAAUGACUAAAACUGCCUGUAGGCUAUGUCUGGAGCCGUAUGGUUGUUAGAAAGCCGUCUACAUUCAUAAGCUUUAUGAAAAGUUACUUGAUGAUUCUUCUAAUUGAUUCUUCACUAGUGGAAUCAUCAUUUAGACUGCAUUUUUAGCUUGAGGCUUUCAAGGUUUCACAAACUAAUUGGUGUUUGCUUUCUUUUGAACAUCGCAGGUAUUUUAUUUUUUUUACCACUGUUGACACUUCCAUGUACAACUGCAAGGAAAUCAAUAAUUUACCAACUAAUUUCUUCCCUUACCUUUUCCAUGUCUGUUACCAGUAAGUCUUAAGUAGUGGACUUAAGAAAAAUUCCCAUAAUGCUGCACAACCAAACCAAUAAAAAAAAAAAACAUCCCCUUUAGCUGUAGAUUCCUUUUUAUACUACUAGAAUCCAGUUUACUUAUACAACACUUUGUUUUCAUACAACUUAGUGAUAUUUCUCACCCACAUACAUAUACUAGAAGCUGCAUAGCCUCUCUAUUUUAAGGGGUAGCUGAAUUUUAAAGGUAAUUAAGCUUAGUCUGUUCUGAAGGAUGUUAGAUGCUUUCUGAACCUGCACAGCCUCUUGCGAGCUAAUUGUAUGGUAUGCUUUCCAGAUAGGUUUUUAUCUUCAAAUACAAAUAUCUGUGAAGUUUUGGGAAAGCCAGUCAAACCAUGCACAUACCAAACUGUGCUCUUAUUGCUACAUCAAGUGUUCCUUUUUUUAAGUCAAAAAGCAUGUUUUAAUUUCAUUUUAUUGUAGCAGCUUGCUGUAAGAAUGUAGUUUGCUUAAUUUUAUUAUUAUACUUGAAUUUUUAAUCAUGGUUUUAACUGUAUAAUUGAACAGACCAUUUCAUUAGGUUCAAAAGAAACCAUUCCUUUCAGAGGGCAAGGGAUUCCCAUGUUCAUAAGUGAUUUUUUUUUUUUCCCCCCUUAGAAAUAGUGUGCUUUUUUUUUUUUCCAGUUUCAAUAGUUCAGUAUUAUGGAAACAAUUAAUGGUUUCAAGAGGGCUUAUGUUAAAAUUUGCACAGAUAAUGGAGCACCUUUUUUAUGAUGGAAAAAAAAAUGGGGAAGAUAACUUCAGAAUUAUAACCAUGAUGACUGAUGGAAACUUGCAGAGCAACUGGGCAAAAUUGAGUCUUGUGCCUUUUCAGUUUGCAGAAUACCUGUUUUGCCAGUAUGACAAUGAUUUCUGAGAGAGUAAAUUUCCUGCAGUGCUUCAAUCAGAAAAGCAACUUUUUUGUGCUAAUUCUGUUGGGUUCUAGUGUGUGCAAUCAUUUAAAACCAUCUAAGUGAAAAACAAAAUUAAGUGUUUUCUUUUAAGAAGAUAAUAGAGAAUUUAGUCACAUAAGGAACUUUAUUGGACUAUUUAAAUAAAAUGUUUUUAUUCCCCCUCAGUUGCUGGUUAGCAACAAGAUUUCUUUGAGAUUUCAUGCUCCUUGUUCCUGCAUUGUACUCACAACUUGCAUUUAAAUAUCAUUCAGUUUCCUCAACACUGUUUAAAGUGACAGUUGUGGUCCAAGUUUAUUUCCAGGAUUGAUACGUGAUUCUGAAGCACAUUUUCUAGAAGAGAGCAAAACACAUGUUGUGUCAUGUAACCAAUUUUUUUUUAAUAAAUAUUUUCUUAUCUUUUUGCUGCACAAUUAGGAGUGUUUAAAGUAAACUUCAUUGAGUCUGUGAAAAUAAUUUCACCUCUUGACAGCGGUAAUUAUGUCACCACAUGACACUACCAGAGUAAAAUUUCUUCAUUUCAGUGAAGGAGUUAAGAGACCUUGUUAACUAAAGUUCGUAUUGAUUUAAUCUCUUCAAUUUGUAAAAGCUCCUUUAAAAACAAUGAAGCCCCCCACAACUUCCCCCAAAGCAAAAGGUUCCUAAUAGAAUGCAAUAAGAUGUCCAGGAAAUGAACAGUAGUUUUAGGGCAAUGCACACUGGAUUGAUACUGGGCUGCCUUACACAGCACCGUGGGGUUUUGCUGUGUGCCAUCCCACACCACCCAUGCAUCCCCAUCUGAUAUUAGAGUUCUUCUCAGACUUUGAGAUUAAUGACUAUACAAGAUGAAGAAACUUGCAUAUUGUUCUGUAUUGGUGUCUGGCAUUUAAAGUCUCGUUUUCCCAUUGCUGUGAUUGGUUGGGAAAUGUGUAAAAACCAGUACAUUGGUUUCCAUGUCGUCUACUCUUUUCAGGCAGUUCAUGCAGUGUGUUUUUUUUAAUUAUUAUUUGGUGGAUUAGAUGUUGUGAAAAAAGGAGCUUUUUUAAACAGGAAAAACUACCUUGGGUUAGCUAUAUGUACAGUCAUCCAAUGAGACAUGUUCCAGAGUGCAUAGGGUACCAAUAGAUUAUGGAGUGGGGGACUAUCCUUUUUUGCUGUUCUGAGCUACUAUUGUCAACUGCUGUUGUACAUAUACUGUUAUGUGUAAGGGGGUAAAUAUAUUUAUUAUGUUUGUAAAAUUCAUUCUGUACAAUUGCAGAUCAAGGUUGCUCCUCUGUGAUAUACAGGAUAUUAUGUUUCAAAGGCCAUGCUUGGAAUACGAUUAGAGAACUUAGUAUUUUGAUGUACUAAGACCUAUUUUAAGUUUAAUAUUUUGCCUUUGCAAAAACUUUAAUUAAAGAUGUUAUUUAAAAAUG